UGAUCCUUUCAAGUUUCAACUCAUCCUUUUAUCCAAAUAACCCCAUUCAUUAAGUAAACAUUAACAAAUUAACCUCAAAAUCAUUAUGCCACAUGAAUCAGUUAAGAAUCAAAUCAUGUUCGCUCACCCAUGAUUGGACCAAAAUAGGAGUAAAAGCAAAAUCAGAAUUCUGAAUCAUUCCUUGUUACUUUCAUAUUUUACGAUCACUUGAAAACAUAAAACCCUUAACAAAUGAAACAACGUUACACGCCAAGAAGAAUGUCCCAACAAUAAGUUACAUCAACUUGAAGCUUUCCCUUAAUCCUCUUUUAUAUUACUAAAGCUCAUGCAGCUUCUUCACCAAAUUAUUCCUUGCUUAAAGCAUAGUGAGGUCUUUUCUCCACUGUGUAACAACAAAGUGAAACAACAUUAAAUGUGUCUACUUCUACUUCUUCUACUAAUGUUGUUUUGCCUUAAUAAGUAGAACUUCCUUGCUUUCAGAAUGGAAUAUUUUGGUUACUUGUUGCAGGUAGCAACUUGAGUUUGUUGCUUAACUGUGGCAGAGACACUGGGAAGAAUUGAAAAAGGAUAUGAAGCUGGUUGUGGAGGUGAUAGAUGCUCAUGAUCUUAUGCCAAAAGACGGCGAAGGAUCAGCAAGUCCAUUCGUCGAAGUAGACUUUGAAAACCAACUAAGCAGAACAAGAACUGUCCCAAAGAACCUCAACCCAACUUGGAACCACAAGCUGUUGUUCCAGUUUGAUUCAACCAAACCUUACCAUCACCAAUCCAUUGAAGUCUCCGUCUACCACGAGAGGCGACCGGUUCCUGGCCGGAGCUUCCUCGGUCGAGUGAGAAUUCCUUGUUCCAAUCUUGUCAAGGAAGGUGAGGAAGUUUAUCAAACUUACCCUCUUGAAAAGAAGUGGUUUUUCUCUCCUGUGAAAGGUGAAAUUGGCCUUAAAGUUUAUAUUGCAUCACAUUCCAAACCCAAAAUCAGUCCUUCCAUUUUGAUUUCAGAACUUGAAAAACUCUCACCUCACACUCCUCUGCCUCAAGCACCACAAUCCAACACUAAAAAUCUUUCUCCUACUCAUUUUCAUGGCAGUCCUCCCUCAAUAACUACAGAAGAAACUUCAGAAUCUGAACCCAAAGAAGUUACUACAUCAUUUGACACUUCAGAACAAGUCACCGAAGAAUCAGGGAUAGUAAACAAAGAAGCGAAAACAAAUCUCGCUGCUCGAAUUCAGUGUAGUGGCAGUGAUACUGAUCUAGCGCCAAAGCAAGAGAAGAGAGAACCUGUCCCUGAGAGAGCUCAACAGCUACACAGACACCAAGUUCACCAGCAACCAAUGAUUUCAAUUAAGAGACGGCAGCGAGGCACGCCGGCCGCGGCCGCUAUGCAAUCUGUCAAUUUUCCUCAACAAGUCCACCGCAGUAGCCAUGACCAUCCUAGUACUCUUGGCAACAUUCCUAGCAGUCUUGACCAUCACGGCAGCCUGGAUGAUGAGGACUACAAUGUGAAGGACACCAACUUGCAGCUCGGCGAGCGGUGGCCUAAUGGUGGAAGAGGGUGGAUGAGUGGCGGCGAAAGGUUCUCGAGCACCUAUGACCUUGUUGAGCAGAUGUUCUAUCUUUAUGUCCGAGUAGUGAAAGCCAAAGAUCUUCCACCAGGCACUCUCACUUCAAGUUGUGAUCCUUAUGUGGAGGUGAAGCUUGGUAACUACAAAGGGAGAACAAAGCACAUUGAGAAGAAAUUGAACCCGGAGUGGAACCAAGUCUUCGCUUUCUCAAAAGACCGCAUUCAAUCUUCGAUUCUUGAGGUCUUUGUGAAAGAUAAAGAGAUGCUCGGAAGAGAUGACUAUCUUGGAAGGGUGAUCUUUGACCUCAAUGAGGUUCCAACCAGAGUUCCACCAGAUAGUCCUUUGGCACCUCAGUGGUACAGACUCGAAGACCGGCGAGGAGAUGGGAAGGUAAGGGGUGAUAUUAUGCUUGCAGUGUGGAUGGGAACUCAAGCAGAUGAAGCUUUCUCAGAUGCUUGGCAUGCUGAUGCUGCCUCAGUGUACGGCGAAGGCGUUUUCAACAUUAGAUCAAAGGUUUAUGUGUCUCCAAAACUGUGGUAUCUGAGAGUCAACGCUAUUGAAGCUCAAGAUGUGAUACCUAGUGACCGAAAUCGCCUACCGGAGCUUUUUGUCAAAGGACAGGUUGGCAACCAAGUUUUGAGGACAAGGAUAUGUCCAACUAGAACAACAACGCCGGUUUGGAAUGAAGAUUUGGUUUUCGUGGCGGCCGAACCAUUUGAGGAGCAACUAACAAUAACUGUGGAGGAUCAUUUGCACCCUACAAAAGAUGAGGUACUUGGGAAGAUAACCUUGCCAAUGACCCUCUUCGAGAAGCGGCUAGAUCACCGGCCGGUUCAUUCCCGUUGGUUCAAUCUGGAGAAGUAUGGUUUCGGAAUGCUAGAAGCUGAUAGGAGGAAAGAACUGAAAUUUUCAAGCAGGAUUCACCUCAGAAUUUGCCUUGAAGGGGGAUACCAUGUGAUGGAUGAAUCCACAAUGUACAUGAGUGAUCAAAGACCAACUGCAAGGCAGCUGUGGAAGCAGCCGAUUGGGAUACUUGAAGUAGGCAUCUUAGGAGCACAGGGGCUUCUCCCAAUGAAGAUGAAGGAUAGCCGCGGCAGCACAGAUGCCUACUGUGUCGCCAAGUACAGCCAGAAAUGGGUCAGAACAAGAACAAUUCUUGACACUUUCAGUCCAAAGUGGAACGAGCAAUACACAUGGGAAGUUUAUGAUCCUUGUACUGUCAUAACUUUGGGGGUUUUCGAUAACUGCCAUUUAGGCAGCAAUGCGGCGGCACGUGAUUCGCGAAUUGGAAAGGUGAGGAUCAGGCUCUCAACAUUGGAAGCUAACAGAAUCUACACUCAUUCUUACCCUCUCCUUGUUCUGCACCCGCAUGGUGUCAAGAAGAUGGGUGAGCUUCAGCUAGCAGUGAGGUUCACCACACUCUCACUAGCUAACAUUUUUCACAUUUAUGGCCAACCGUUGCUUCCAAAGAUGCAUUACUUGCAUCCUUUCACUGUCAACCAAGUAGACAAUUUACGCUACCAAGCUAUGAACAUUGUGGCAACCAGACUAGGAAGAGCUGAACCUCCUCUCAGGAAGGAGGUAGUUGAGUACAUGUUGGAUGUUGAUUCUCAUAUGUGGAGCAUGAGGAGAAGCAAGGCGAAUUUCUUCCGAAUCAUGUCGCUUUUCUCCGGAAUGAUCACAAUGGGUCAAUGGUUCAAUCAAGUUUGUCACUGGAAGAAUCCCAUCUCAUCAGUCCUUGUUCACAUCCUUUUCCUGAUACUAAUUUGGUAUCCCGAAUUGAUGCUCCCAACGUUAUUCCUAUACAUGUUCUUCAUAGGCCUAUGGAACUACAGGUUCCGGCCUAGGAACCCGCCUCACAUGGACACUAAACUUUCCUGGGCGGAGGCCGUUCACCCGGACGAACUCGACGAGGAGUUCGAUACAUUCCCAACUUCAAGAUCUCAUGAUGUUGUGAGGAUGAGGUAUGACAGGCUAAGAAGUGUUGCAGGUAGGAUUCAAACAGUUGUUGGAGACAUUGCUACACAAGGCGAGAGACUCCAGUCUCUGCUGAGUUGGAGGGACACAAGAGCAACUAGCCUCUUUAUAGUGUUCAGCUUCUGUUCCGCGGUGGUUCUCUAUGCAACGCCACCGAGAGUGGUGGCUCUGGUGACCGGCUUGUAUUACCUUCGCCAUCCGAGGUUUCGCAGCAAGCUUCCUUCGGUUCCAAGCAAUUUCUUCAAGAGGCUACCGGCUCGAACAGAUAGCAUGCUUUGAUAAUUGUUAGUUGCUCUUGAGUUUUAUGUAUUUAUUGUUUUUCUUUUCUGUAUUUUUACUUCUUCAUAGUUCAUAGUAUAUGUUCUGUUUAAGUUCCAACAUCUCGAGACACCAAAAGAAGUUCUAUCAUCUCAGAAAGUGCCUUUGCUCAUAUAUAGCACCAUGUAAAGAUUGUACCUAUAUGAAUUUACCAUUUUCUUUUAAUAAUAAUCUACACAUAAUUCUAACUUAUAUCAUAAUUUGUUAGUCUAUAAACUAAGUUAGACAAUAACGUAAAUAUUAAAAAAAACGUUUAGGUAACUGUUCUGCACCGAGUGAUGACUCAGCCAACAUGUAGUUUAAGCUCGGAAUGAUUGUUCGGCUCCAGGAAUUCGUCAAUCCUUCCGCCAGUCAAGACGUCGGAGAGAGGACCUGUACAAAACACUCUGACGAUCAAAUAAGUGGAAUUACUUGAAAUAAAAGAUGGAACCUUGCAAUAGUGCUUUUUUUGUUAUCAGUCUUUUUCCUCGUGUCCUUUACUUGAAAUUUUCUCUCCGUUUUAUAGAUGGUUGGUCUCAUGGCUUUUAGCAACGGCUUCGUGAAUUUAUUCUUGCGCCCGUUAAGAUGAUGGAGAUCAUUUAGGUUUGAAAUAGUUGUUCCGAGAUUGUUACGCAUAUAUAGGCUCUAUCCGAGAUAUGAUUGUGUAACCGUUAAACCGAGGUUUUUUCUGGUAUAGUCCAAAGCCCCUCAAGCUUGGCCGGAAGUAUAAACAAGUUGAGCUUGCCAUAGCCAUGAU